AUGCCCGGAGCUCCAAGGCGCACAUUUUCUGUGGAAUGUGCACGGAGACAGGCGGAAACCGUAACACUCGCCGAGUCGAUCAAGCAGCUCAUGCGCGGAAGUGCGCAGCCGGUAGCCAUUGUAUCUGCAUUUUUGCCGCCGGACAAGGCGCAUGAAAAGCCACGGUUCAUCCAUUCGGCAACUCUGUCUUCGUUCACUACCGUUUCAUUAUCACCGCCAAUUGUUGCAUUUAGUAUCCGUCUUCCGAGCCGCAUGGCCGACGCUUUGCGUACCGGCGCAGAAAUCUCAAGCGAGGGCAACUCGGAUACCCACAAGCGAAAACCGCACUUUCUAAUUCAUAUCCUCUCCUCGACGCAGUCGCCAUUGUCCAACUAUUUUGCACGGCCCGGCGCGCCUGCCUAUCCUAUCGAAGCGAGCGCCGCGUGUGAUGACGAAGAGCAUCCAUUUGCUUCGCACCCGAGCGCUCCUUCCACGACCGUGGAUGGCCAGCUCGUAUUGCGCGAAUCACUCGGUGCACUGGCAUGCAGCCUCGUCUACCAACUGGAUCUUUCUUCGGCUGAUUUGCACGGCACGACUCGUUUUAUAGACAAGGAUGGGUCGCAGGAGGCUGGCAGUGCACUUUUCCUCGGCGAGAUCCAUGCAGUCGAACAAGCAGUGCACGAACAAAACGAAAAAGAUACCCGUCGUCCUUUGGUGUACUGGAACCAACAAUAUUGCUCGCUGCUGGAGAAUAGCUAA